UACAGCGUAACGAUAAGGUUCGGGGUUGCGCAGCCGAAGCAGGACGAAGCUGGAGGAGGCUGUGGACGAGGCGGCUAUAAGAGGGACGUUGUGCGUCGCGACGCCAUCAGAACACCUGCCGCGCUCGGUCCAACCCCACGAUCUUGCGCUCUCCGAUCUCUCGGUAGCGAUUGAAAAGGCAGAGGGAGGCUGAUCCAGCCGCGAGGGAGAGGGAGAGAGAGAAAAAAGUUUAGUUCUUUAUUCACGUGUCAUUCUUCUUGCCGAUUCCGUUUCUUCCUGACCGGUGAGAGAUGUUCUCCAAGUCGAUUUCAGCGUCAAUCCUCUUGAUUAUCGUCGCCGGCGCGUUUCACGUUGCGAGAGCAGCGAUUGGCAAUGAUCACCAUCAGCAACAGUUAAUAAAUGAAGCUGCCAAUAUCUUGGCUUAUGAAGCGGGAGCGAAGACUUUAUUCGGAAUAUCCCGCGAACAUUAUCAACCGAUUACAGACUGCAUGUUUGUUACUUCGGAAAGUGGACCAUUCUCCUACAUAUCGCCAUCCGACAGUGACGACGUUUGUGGAAUAUAUUUUUUAACUGAUCCAGAUCGCACAAUAGAGAUACAUUUCGACAGCUUUGACAUUCCCUGCGAUCAUCAUGGGCUCUUGGCGGUAGUCGAUGGCUGGGAAUUAAACGGCGAAUUAUUUCCAAACGAGGGCGACCAUCCGUUACCAAUAAAGGAAAGAUUGACAGAGUUCUGUGGUAAGAGCAGAUGGUAUCGCGGUAAAAAGAUCUUUACGAGUUCACAGAACGCUGUGCUCAUCCAAUAUAGAGUACCUCUACGUGGGAGAGGCUUUGUCGUAUCUGCGAGAUACCCAAAAAAUCCGAGACCCUGCAAUGUCCUGUCGGUGAGUAUGACGGAUCCAUUCACGCUUCGCAAUUACGGCAGACGGAUCAACUGCACCCUAAUAGCGGUGUAUCCCGGUACCGUCCAAGUGAUCGCGCUCGAGGUCGGCGGAACCAGCUUGCACAGCGUCGCUCGUAUGACCGAAACCGGCACUCUGCGCAAAUGCAUUCCGCAGGACCAAGUGCAGAUCGGAGGCAGCCAUGACUUGGACACAACAAAGCUCGACGUAAUCGACUCCAUCUGCGGCAUCGAUUCCAAACCGAAUAUUAAAGAGCCUGUGCCGUACGAUGUGACAGUCGUACGAUUAAUAUCGAGCGGUUACUGCGAUAAUUCGGUGACAGUGGCAAUAAGAUCAAUGAUAGACAACGAUAUGCUGGAGGCCGCUUCUGGUCUUUAAAACGACCGCAUCGUAUAAUUUCAUCUCGUUCCGCCGCAUUUGCUAUGUAUCUAUUCUUGACGUUUAUCUUUGAACGAACAGGCACAACACUAACAUCGGGAGGGAUUGUUGCAUAGAAAGUAUCCCGUCAUUGUAGUUUAGCUUAAUACUGAUCGUAUAUUUGUGUUGCAUGUUAAAUGGGGAUGUCGCAUACGUACGAGUGAGAGGAGACGAGAGUUCUAUCUAAGACUGAUUAUUCUAAUUACUCUUUUUCGUAUCCUUCUACCGAACAAUUUCACUUACUUCAUAAACGAGUCUCUUACUUCUAUACAGCUGUAAAAGUAAAAAGAUUUAUCAGAUAAUUUCUCGGAUAAUUUUCGACUCAAGCGACGCUUAUUUUAAUAGGAAAGUGAAAGAUAUAUGAUAAGUGCAGAGUAAACAUUUAUUUGAAAUGUUUUCGUAAUGGUACUGCAUCAAUUGCGAUAAGUGUGAUAUCAGAAUAAUUUUUGAUGAUAAAAUUAAUUCAAUCUUAAUAUAUGUUAUCUAAAUAAAAGUACUAAAGACUUUUUAAACAUUGCUCAAUAAUUAUUAUUUUUAUCAAAAAUAAUUGAAAUAAUUUAUUGAAUAUUUUAUAUCAUCGAAAAAAUACUCAAUUUCCAGUAUAAUAUUUAUCGUAUCGCUCUUUCUUUUCUCAUUGAUCCUACUUUAUUUUACUAACUAUAGCUUUCUCUUUAUCAUACUUUCUUAUAAAUAGUAUAAUAAUAUCAUAUUAAAUAUUAUAUACAUACAAAUUUCGCAUAAAUAUCAAAUGUUUGUGAAAAAUAGCAUUUUAUUCAUUUUAUAAUAUACAUUAUAAUAUUUUACUUUAAUAUUAUAAUAUUAAAAUUAUAACUGCAUUAUAGCUAAAAUAAAUAUUUGUGUUGAAUAAAUUGUGUUGAAUCGCACACGAAUAUGUAACGGUAAAUAGCUUAUAAUAUAUAUGUGUUCGUAUCUAUUUAAGUUAUAAUAAAUAUAAGCAUAAAUAAAUGUGUAUAUUAUUUAAUAGAUAUUAAUGUUCUUAGUUAAAAAAUUAUGUAUAAUAGCGGCUUUCACCAUCGAAAAAAUAAACUUGUGUUAAUUGAUAAAGUUUGUCAAUCAUUGAAUA